UAACGCGAAGAUGGAGGUUUGCAAAGCCCUAGUGCUUCCCGCUAUGGCGGAGGAGCGGGCGGAGCUCUUCCUGGAUGAAUCUAGGUUUGCGCAGAGCCUCCGGCUGCAAGCAUUGCGCGUUCCAAAGCGGCUGUGCGGUCAGGUGUCGAAAUUGCUCGCCGGCUAUGUCAUCGACAAGCCGCGCGUGAAGCACAUCGUCAAUGAUCCAGCUGAUGCGGAGUCUCGGCUAGUCAUUUUCUCAGAAUCGGUGAAAGAUCCAAGCUUGCACGAAAUUCCCGAUGAGAAGUUAAACGCUCUUAAAGAUCUUGUCGAUCUCGACGUGACUCCGCAUGAGAUUCUACUAAGUUACGAGCAUUGGUCCGCAGAUCACGUUUUAAGAGAGAUUCUUCCAAAAACUUGUGAGGUGCCGAGUAGUUUCGAGACAAUUGGACAUAUUGCACAUCUUAACCUCCGAGAUGAGCAUCUCCCUUACAAAAAACUGAUUGGCAAGGUUCUACUUGACAAGAAUCCAAAGCUGAAAACUGUGCUUAACAAAGUUGGCACUAUCAAGAACGAGUUCCGUGUUCCGAGCUUUGAGCUUUUGGCCGGAGAGGACAAUAUGGUUACAGAGGUGAAGCAGUACGGUGCCAUUUUCCACCUGAAUUACGGCCUCGUUUACUGGAACUCAAGGCUUGAACACGAGCACAAGCGGCUUGUGUCCGAGUUUCAGCCUGGCCAGGUGAUCUGUGAUAUGUUCGCAGGGGUCGGGCCCUUUGCCAUACCAGCUGCACAGAAGGGAUGCUUGGUCUAUGCGAACGAUCUCAAUCCUGCAAGUGUGGAAUACCUUCUCAAAAAUGCCGACGUUAACAAGGUCGGCAACAGGAUCGUCGCUUACAAUAUGGACGCUCGAGAAUUUAUGAAGGAACUGGUGAAUCCAACAACAGCAAUGGCCCAUGCUCUGAACAAAGCUGACAAGGGAAACACACCAAGGGACGGUGUUUCAGAUAGACAAGACUCAGAUACGCUUAAGGCUAAAGUUAAAAGAAAGCAAACAAAUGCGGUGCAUUCAGACGUAGUUGAAGCUAAGCCAUGGGAGCACUUUGAUCACGUUGUGAUGAACUUGCCGGCCUCAGCUUUAACGUUCCUAGACACCUUCAGAGGUUUGCUUUCAAAGGAUUCCUGGAAAGGCUCGAUGCCGUGUGUCCACUGCUACUGCUUUUUGAGAGCCAAACAAACAACUGCUGACAUUAUGAAUAUUGCUGAAAACACUAUCGGAGGAUCUUUACCUGGAGCAUCGAUUUGGACAGUGCGUUUGGUUGCACCAAACAAGACCAUGCUUUGUCUAAGUUUUAUGCUGCCGGAGUCCAUUGCGUUUGGUCAAGCAGACUCUGAUGUCUCACAGACAGAAGAGUCCGGCAUGAAGCGGCCGCGGACCGUGUAACCUCUCUUACUAGAACGAACACAAUCAACUUUUGACGCGAA